AGAAGAGUUUUGGGAACAUAUGUCAACAAGGGCAAAGCCGUAAGUUGCAAGAUGUCGGAUUUAGGUACAGACAAUCCAGCAUUCAGCAACGCAGAUGAAUGCUUGGAUUCCAAUACAAGCAAGAACCUCGAAAAUAGUCACACCGAAAGUGUUCAACAGGAACACAAGGAUAAGUCAUCGGUUAUCAGUAACGGAAAUUCUUUUGUGUCCCAACACUACGUUGAACCAAGCCAGAAUAACUCCGAUGUCCAAUACAAGACUGAAACGAGGAUCGAAGUGCCUGGAGAAGAAGAAAAGACUUCAAAUACUGUUAAAACCAAUGGAGUUAAUGGAAAUAGUAAUAACAACGAUGUAAGCUUUCUUAACACAAGUGUUACAAGUGCUCAAAUAAAUGGUAAGAUUUUUUACAUUUUUGAAAGUUUUUUUUUAUAUGGUAAGAAGGAGCAAAUUGAGGCCGUGAAUUUGGAGCUGGUAUCGAUGAAACCUUAUACAGGAAACAAUUUGCAGACUAAGGGUCAGGAAGCUUGCGAAUUACCAAGUGAUCCUUAUGAAGAAUAUUUCGUGCCUGUUAACGAACAUCGGAAGUAUAUCAGCAGCAGUCCAAGCGCAGAGGUCGAGACAACCGUGGCUGGUGUCCGAUUUGAUUUGGGACCGGGUGUCGGCCGCGAGGGACUUAGCCUUCGAGAUCCAACCGCUGGACUUGUCGACUACUCCCAUUGGCUCAAUGCCUUAAGAGGCGAAAAACUUUACGUUACUAAGGAUAAAAGAACAAAAAGUUCUUAUUGGCGACGAAUAGUUUGUUGGACUUUUGGACUAACGGUACUAGCGCUCGCGUUAAUAAUAGCUAUUUUAGCAGCAACUGGCGUAAUUUUAACACAAGAAGCAACGCAACCACUGGAUAAUGAUCAUCAGCGGUCACUGGAUAAUGUUAAUACUGCAGGAAGUAAAGAGUUUAUAAAGAACCCACCAGCUAGUCCUUCACCGGAAACAUCAACUUUCCCACCAUGGCAAACGACUGAUGAGAGUAUGUUAAAGACAGUACCUGAAGCGGUUGAGGGAAGUAUCUGGCUAGAUAAUCUUAUUUGGAAUGAUGACCUGAUGAAUGCCAAGUCGAGAGUUUAUCGAAGUACUGCUAUGGAGAUUGAAAACAGUUUAAGAGAUAUGAUACUUCCGGUUGGCUCGAUAACUGUUGUCAAAGUUUACAACAUUACUAGUAGUGGCCAAGUAAUGUUUAGAAUUGGUUACCCGCCGACACCAACUCCAGAGAUGCUUCAAGAAAGUAUUGAAAAAAGGUUAAGAGAAAACAGUAACAUGAUUGGAAAGUAUCAUCUAAGAAAACUUAAUGUCAAACGUUUGAUUGAUGAGUGUCAAUAUGGUUACUUAAAUUGUUCUCGAGUUUGUAAAUUUGAUUACAUUCAUGCUGUAUUUAAUUGUGAGGACGAUUACUUGAGUGACGUCAGUUUUGAUGCGGAUGAGCCCAAUUCAAUGUCGAACGAUGAUAUAGUUCAAGGUCGAGGGCGUAUUCCCGAUCAUCCAUUUGAGGCUGAAGAUCAUGAUUACUGGAUGGAUCAUCAUCAUCAUGAACACGAAGGAUUAGUUACAGAGCCAAAAAUUAAUCCGAUGAAUGAACCUCAAUUUGGAUCUACAGCUGAGUUAGAGACAGAUUCAAAAUCACAUUUUGAACCUGUAGCUGAACCUGCUCCUGAGCCUACGGCAGAACCAACGUCGAAAUCAACAGUAGAGUCGGAAAUUUCAGGAGAACCUUUCCCUGAGCCUGAACCCAAAUCGGUAGUUUCUGAAUCUUCUGUAGUAUCGGAGUCAGAACGAGAACCAAUUGCUGAGCCUAGUCCAGAACCGGUUGCUGAGCCAACUCCAGAACCGAUUGCUGAACCUACUCCAGAACCAAUUGCUGAGCCAACUCCAGAACCAAGUGCUGAGCCUAGUCUAGAACCAAUCGCUGAGCCAACUCCAGAACCAAGUGCUGAGCCUAGUCUAGAACCAAUCGCUGAGCCAACUCCAGAAUCAAGUGCUGAGCCUAGUCCAGAACCAAUCGCUGAGCCAAAUCCAGAACCAAUCGCUGAGCCAACUCCAGAACCAAGUGCUGAGCCAACUCCAGAACCAAGUGCUGAGCCUAGUCUAGAGCCAACUCCAGAACCAAGUGCUGAGCCAACUCCAGAACCAAAUGAUGAGCCAACUUCAGAACCAAGUGCUGAGCCUAGUUUAGAACCAAUCGCUGAACCCACUCCAGAACCAAGUGCUGAGCCAACUCCAGAACCCAGUGCGAAGUCUAGUCUAGAACUAAUCGCUGAACCCACUCCAGAACCAAGUGCUGAGCCAACUCCAGAACCCAGUGCGAAGUCUAGUCUAGAACUAAUCGCUGAACCCACUCCAGAACCAAGUGCUGAGCCAACUCCAGAAUCCAGUGCUAAGCCUAGUCCAGAAACAAUCACUGAACCUACUCCAGAACCAGUUCUUGAACCUAGUCCCGAACCAAUUGCUGAGCCAACUCCAGAACCAAUUGCUGAGCCGACUCCAGAACCAAUUGCUGAGCCGACUCCAGAACAAGCUGUUAAACCAACGGCAAAACCUGAAGCUAUCACUAAAUCGACUGCAGAAUCUCAACCGGAAACCGAGCCUGUUGCUGAACCUACCACAGAACCUGAGCCUAUUGCUGAGCAUAAACUUACUCUUGAUAAAUCUACAGAAGGACCCAAAGAUUCUGAACUCGAUUUCUCAAAAGUAAUCCCUGUAGAACCUGAACAAAUGGCAAAAUCGCAAUUAGAAAGCGAAAUUCUUUCUAAACAUCCAUCUGAGAUAAAAUCCGAGACUAGUUCAACACCUGUGAAUAAAUUCGAAAAAUUUGACUCUGAAGUUUCAAGAGAGCCUAACUUUGAAAUGGAAUUAUCUUCAAAGCUUACACUAAAACCUGAUGUUUUUGAAGAUUUAACUACCAUAGAACCACUUCCAGUUAUACCUUUGUCGCCGAUAACAGAUGAUAACUCGUUAUUAGAUAAUUCAAAAGAAAUUCAUGAAAUGUUGCCUACUGCAAUACCUGAAAUAAGUGACCAUCAUCGCCUUAUUGAUGAAAAAUCGUCCGAAAGUAUAAAGCCAGUUGAACUUGAAAAUGAAGACAGCACUAUGAAUUCUCCAGUAAAUUCUUCCUCAAAGGAAACUGAAUCAUCAACAAUUAUAGUAGAAAACUCAACAACCGAAGUGAAUACUCCCGAAACUCCUCAUAUGGAUUUCAUUAUAACUACUCCCGAGACAAAAAUUCACGAGUCGAAUGAUUCUAAUACUGUAAAUCAGGUUCCUGACUCAGGAUUACCAGGUAUGCCCGAUAGUAUAAUUAAAAAUGAAAAUUCAUUAAAUGAUUCAGUAAAUAACUCAAUGCCAUUAUCUAAUGAUACAACGAUGACCCUGCAAUUAAUUCCCGAACGAAUAGAUCCUUAUCUACUCAUUAAGCAAACUCUAGAAGCGGCUAAAUCAAAUGAACGAUUGAAUAGUUCAAUUAUUUCUUCAAAUAUUCCAUCGUCGGUAAUGCAGAAUGAAACAUCUGAAAAUUCAUCUGUAGGAUCUACAGUGACAUAUGAGAAAACUCACGAAGGAAUGUCACCUUUUUUACCAGAAAUAAUUUAUGAAAAAGACACAACUAAAAAGGCUCCUCGACUAGAUAAAGACGAACAACACUAUCCAAAUCCAUUUGAACCGAAUGUCGAGGACGUAAUCAUGCAUAAUCUUGACUCUAAAACUGACACGUUAAUAACAUUAAAUCAUGACGUAAACGGAACUCAGUUUACAGACUUAGUCAACAAAAUAAAUGAAUCCCACGGUGCUCAACAGACUGAAACGAGUCACAAAGAGGAUGCUAGUACAGUUGACAUGAUGACCACUAUGACAACUACAUUAUUGAAUACACAGACAAACUUAGCGAUGACUAAGGAGCCAGUCGUUGAUACCGAAGACCUUGAGGUACGACACUUCGAUGGUAUGAUUACGGGUGAAGUUAUGAAUGACAUGCACGUUGAGCAAGGUAAUGAUUCUAAUGCUAAUGAUGAUAGAUUACACGAGAACAUUGAAAAAGUUGCCGACGAUCCUGUGAAUAUUACGGCAAUGCUACAGGAAAGAGAACAAUCAGAUGAUCCGAUGAUAAAUAGUCAAUUAACAACUUUUGACGAUAGAAAAUCUGUUCCGUUAAUUGAAAAAGAUGAUGAUAAAUCGGACUUACAUAAUAAAUUUGAAGAAAAUGCGGUUGAAGAUCAGUAUAAUGACAUUAUUGAAGAGCGCAUUUCAAAAAAAAUUGAGAGUAGUGGGUUAAAGUCAUCGAAGAAAAAUUUAUUACCCGUAGAGCCUAAAAUGAAGUCAACUACAGCGAAAAACAGCGAAACUACCGUAACAAUCGACAAUACAACUUUAGAAUCAAUCAGUGAUGUAGAUAGUGCGAAGCCACUUUUAAAAGUAACAACUGAAGAGACGGUGAAAGAUAAAAUAGACGAUAGUAGUAAAUUUACAACUGAGACUCCAAUAAUGCCUGUAGAAAUUCAACAAGAUAUUUCAACGACAGAGAUAACUGAGAAAGUAGAAUCGACAAUGAUGAGCAAUUUAGAUAAUAUUGUUACUAACGUACCAGAAACAACUACACCAAUGUCAUUGAUAGAGUCAAAAAUGAGUACUAAUCAAACGCCAAUUAUGCCGAGCGAGUUUAUGACCACGGAAAUUAGUACAUCUGAAAAGAUGCCACAGACUCCUGAUUCAACAUCAGAAUCUACGGAAUCAACAACUGAAAGUAUGCAACAAGGCAAAGAUAUAACAACUGAAGCUCCGAAAGUUUCUACUGUUGGUUUUGAUAACAUAAAACCUGUUUCUGAAUUGAUUUUUGAUGACCCAGAACCAGAAAUGUAUGAUCACUCGAAAUUUUUCACAACUACCGAACCAGCGUUGAUGGAUCACACAUUAAUGGAUCAAUUAGUGCCUGAAGAUCUUUCGGAAGAAUUAUUGAAAAUAAUUCCACUAGAUGCUGAUGACGUAACGGAAAAAACAUCAACGGAAACUACUAAAGUGCCAGAAAUGCAAGUGACGGAUACUACAGAUAUUUCAAUGUCGACAGUCGAACAAGAUAUGUCAUCUGUUCCAAGACUGAAAAUUGUUGAAAUAACUUCCGUUUCUCAACCACCUCAGAUGCAGAAUCAUAGUUCGAUUAUAAACGCCACAACAGUUUCUCAAACUCAGCAAACCGAACAAAUGAACUCUCGCAUGAAUAAUCUUCCAAGCUCUCAUUCAACUCCGGAUGUGAUUCCUGUUCACGAAGCGAUCGAAGAUGAUGAAGAAAAUCCGAUGAUUAUUCCUUUCAGUAGGAUGAAAAAUAUUCAACCUUUGCUUAACGCAACAACGGAAGUUAAAGAAGAAAAAGAAGAUGAACAAAACAAAGAAACUACAAUCCAUAAUAUUGUAUCUAGCACAGUUGCAACAACCCAAACCUCUAGUCCAGAUGAAAAAUCAACAUCGAUGUUUAAAUUUUCAAAAUGUCACAUUGGACAAUUUCAAUGUGUUAACGGAACAUCGCGAGACGGAGCUUAUUGUGUGAACUUAUCAUCGAAAUGUGACUCUGAAAACGACUGUUCUGAUGGUUCUGAUGAAUUAAACUGUGAAGAUGAAGGUUGUCCGGGUAACUUCCAAUGCAAAAGCGGCCAAUGUCUUGGUAGACAUCUUGUUUGCAAUGGAAUUGUUGAUUGUGAUGACCGCAGUGAUGAAGAUAAUUGCGAAGAAUGGGCUUGUCACUCUGACGAAUUCAAGUGUCCAAAUGGAAGAUGUAUUCCAGACCUCUGGCGCUGCAAUGGCCGACCAGAUUGUGAAAAUCACAGAGAUGAAUAUUCAUGCUCAAAGAGUUGUGGCAAUGAUGAGUAUUUGUGCCCAAGUGAAAACUGGUGCAUUCCACAAACAUGGCGUUGCAAUGGUGUAUCAGAGUGUGCGAAUGGCGAGGACGAAAAGCUUUGUGACUGUUCACUAGACCAAUUCAAGUGUCAGACUGGUGGCUGCGUUACUUUGGACCAGGUCUGCGAUGGGAUUGAACACUGUCCAGAUCGAUCAGAUGAGUGGAAUUGUUUACUAGCUAAUACGACAAAUUUGACUCAAAAAAAUUCAGACGAUGAUGAACGACUAGUACCUACUGGACAAUCUAUGCUGUUGAAAAUUAAAAAGUUUGACAACAAACACUACCCGAUUUGCGCAGAUAAUUGGACCAAGAAUCACAGCGAUUUAUAUUGUAGAUUGCUUGGAUACUUUGGUUCUGAAACGACAGAAAGUGUUGAACAAAAUGACUUUGUUAAGAUAUUGCGUUUGAAAGAAGUCAAAGAGAGUCAUUACCAAGAUACGACUAAUUUGAUAGCUGAGUUGGAGUUAUCAGAUAAUUGUCCAUCCAAACAAUUCGUUAAAGUUUCCUGCCAAGAAUUCUCUUGUGGAUCUCUAGAUAAUGAAGGUCCGACAGCUCGAUUAGUCGGUGGGACACCAGCUGGUGAAGGACAGUGGUCCAGUGUUGCGCUAUUAAAAGAAAUUAAAAGUGGUACUGCGUGUACCGCAAGUGUAUUAGGGCCGAUGCAUGCAUUAGCCAGUUAUUCUUGCAUUCACAAACAUAGACAAAGUAACAACUGGGAAAUUUACACUGGUCGUGAUCUUCAAAAGUCUACUCAAGUGAAAAAUAUUAUUCCGUACCCACAAGUUAAAUAUAAUCAAUUUUUAUACAACGAUGACAUUGCUUUGAUUCAACUUGAAGAACCACUUGUAUUUUCAAGAAAUGUAUCUGCUGUAUGUUUGCCUAAUCAGCAGUUCCAGCCUCGAGCUUUAUGUGUCACUGCCGGUUGGGGAUUCCCAUUGAAUGGAGAAAUAAAUUUGAAACUUAAAUUUUUACCAAUACCGAUUUACAAUUCUGAAGAAUGUAAUGCAACUAGUCAUUAUGCUGGAUUUAUUACUAAAAGUAAUAUUUGCGCAGGAUUCACUGGUGCUGACAAGGGAACUUGUUAUAAUGACGAAGGCGCGCCAUUGAUGUGUGCAAGCGAAACCGGUCGUUGGGAAUUACAAGGUUUACUUAGCCAUCAUAGCAGAUGCUCAAGAGAUCACCCAGCUAUAUACUCGAGUCUUAGCCCAGCAAUCUCUUGGUUGCAGCAUUCAAUUCCUGCUCUGCAGAAUCGAAUUUAAUAAUUAGAUUUUUUAUACUUGAAAAAAAAAAAAAAAAUUAGAAAAACGGUUCACCCUAAAGGUCAUCCCUGCAACUUCCCGCUCAUUUUGUAUUUAAACGCUUCAAACUACACAUUACGUUUUUG